AUUGACUUUUUCAUGUCUAGAAACAUCUUUUUAUUUCCUCUUCACACAUUAUGACUGGAAGCGUUUUUGACUUUGUCACAAAUUUUCCUGUGACUUUAAAUGUGUGUAUCACCAUGCCGCCUUUGAUUGGCUGUUAUAAAUUCCCAUGCACACUCGUUGGUUGUGACGUUUUGUGAGCGCGCCCCUGAUUGGUGCCGUGGAACACUGCACUACUUUUGUUCUUCCCCUUUUAGUUCAUGACUGUUCAGGUCAUGAGACUAAGAUUUCCAUGUCCCUGCGUGCCCAGCCGUCACUUUAGAACCAUAACCUACCAUCUUCUCCAAAUAGCAACGUAGAAAUGUGGUUGGUUCAGCCAGAGCAGCUGCUGUUCCUUUACGUGAUCGGGCUUGUCUCAGGCCUGUCACCUGCAGCUUCACCUUUUCUUCAGGCACCUUUUCGGGCUGUGUGGAAUGCCCCCACUGCCAAUUGCCUCUCACUGUACAGCAUAAACCUCGACACGGAGACACUGGGAAUGGUCUACAAUAAAAACCAGGAGUUAAUGGGCGGAAACAUAACCCUCUUUUACUCUGGAGAACUUGGUCUAUACCCCAGCUACUCUUCUCAGUGGGUGGCUGUUAACGGUGGGGUGCCGCAGAAUGCCAGUCUUGAUACGCAUCUCAAAGUUGCCUCUGAGAACAUCCAAGCCAGUAUCCCUGAUGAAGAUUUCAGCGGCCUUGCUGUGAUUGAUUGGGAGAGCUGGAGGCCUAUAUGGGAGAGAAACUGGGGCAGUAAGCAGGUGUACAAGGAAGGUUCAGAAGCACUAGUGAGGGCCAAGCAUCGGGACUGGAGCCCUGCACAGAUACAAGCUGUGGCCCGGACAGAGUUUGAAGAAGCAGCUAAGAAGUUCAUGGAGCAGACGGUGAGGCUGGGGCAGAAAGAGAGAGCCAAUGGACUGUGGGGUUACUAUGGAUUUCCCGAAUGCUAUAACUACUACGACGACAAAAAAACAGGUUACACCGGACAGUGUCCGGCUGUGGAGAUGAAGAGGAACAAUGAGCUCUUCUGGCUGUGGAACACCUCCUCUGCACUGUACCCUGACAUCUAUCUCAGCCUCAACCUGCGAGGCCUCAGCAAAGAAGUUCUCAUGUUCGUGCAACAUCGAAUCCUGGAAGCCAUGAGGGUAUCGGCACAGGUGACUCCAGUAGAGCCGCCUGUGUUUCCAUACGCGCGCAUCGUCUACACCUAUACUUUAGAUUUCCUCUCUCAGGAACACUUGAUCUACACCAUCGGAGAGAGUGCUGCUUUAGGAUCUGCAGGAAUAGUGCUGUGGGGUGAUCUUUCCUUUUCCAAAACUAAGGCUACAUGCGAAACUGUUAAAUCCUACAUCGAUGAGACUCUGGGUCCUUACGUGGCUAAUGUUACAUCUGCAGCUAUGCUGUGCAGCCAGGCUUUAUGCUCCUCCAAUGGAAGAUGCCAGAGAAGGAACUUAAACUCAAAGGCCUACCUGCACCUCAACCCAGCUGUGUGGAAAGUGACCCGUGAGAAGAAGCCAGACGGGGGGAGGAAUUACAGAGUAGUAGGACAGAUGAAGAUUCGUGACAUAAUGUUCAUGAAUUCUCAGUUUCAGUGCAAGUGCUACCCAGGGUGGAGUGGUAAGAACUGCUCCAAGGUGCAGAAGAAAUCUAAAAAAAAGCCCCAAAGAGCUAAAAUACCCUUGGCUGUAUGAACAUAAAA